AUGGAAGAAGUCCUAUCUCGAGCCUGGGCGCAGGUCAAAUGGGAAGAAGAUGUCGACAGCCGCUCUAAGGCGCAACAAAAGCAAGAUCCCAAGACGAUCAGACCAGACCGAACCGAGCGAGACGAGAAACCCUCUCAAAGACCAGCCAGGGACUCCGGAAAUCAAAAACGGGGCAGAUACCAGAACCGACCGAUCGAGAAGACAGAAGGGAUGGCAGUGUCCACAUGGCCAGACAUCUCUCACCUCUCCGUCUCAAGGGUGGAGCUGAUCAAUGUUCUGAAGCAGAUGGGCCAACAGGUCAACGAGUUGCUGAAGAAAGGUCACCUCAGGGAGUUCCUUUCUGAGAAGGCCAAGGGCCAUCUAAGCAAGGAGACAACGGGAAAGCCCACUGAAGCUGCUCCCGUCUCGCCACCUAGACAGGACCGACUGAUUCAUGUCAUAUCGGGAGGUUCGGAGAUCAGCGGCAUAAGCCACGCAGACGCGAAGAAAAGCACCUGGAACGCCAAGCACGGCCUAGAGGCAGCCAGGCCAAAACGCAUGCUCCUAGGUACGGACAAAAUAAGUUUCACGGCCAAGGAGCAGGAGAAAGUUCUUACCCCACAUCACGACGCCCUGGUCAUAUCGCUCACUGUAGCGAACUGCCUGGUGAAAAGGAUAUUGGUAGAUAACGGAAGCUCUGGCAAUAUCAUCUUCCAGGCCGCAUACAAGGAUCUGGGGCUGGAGGAAAGUGCUCUAACUCAGAGGAUAACGCCACUUAUAGGUUCCCUCUCAAAUUACCCUAAAGAGUGA